AUUUUUUUUUGGGGGGGGUGGUGCAAAUUUGGUCCGAACCUUGCACUAGGCCCUCCAUGGAAUGAGUUUGACUGCCCUUAUCUAUAGGAACUGAAAAGUUGUCACCAAACCUGAAAGUAAAGCAUGGAGAGAAGUACAGGUUGAACAUUUCCAGUAUUUAUUUAUGGCUAUUAAAAGGUCUAUAGAUCACAUAGGCCUACAGUCUAUUUAAAAUGUAACCAUCUUUCCAUUGACCAUAGCUCAAUCUUUUAGUCUGUCUUUCGGAUUUUGAAACAAAUAGAGCUGAUCCUAAAUUACUCUUAUUUCACUCCCUGUUAAACAGAGGACAAACAUGUUGCAUGGACAUUGAAGGUUUUCCACCACAAACUAUUUCACUCUAUUCUUUCUACCGUCUCCUGAAGGUAUGUGUUGUCAGGGGAGACAGAGGUCCAUGUGCCAAGUUUAGCAUGUGACCACCAACACUAUUUUCAGUGUUCUACCCCUGACUAAAAUUAGACCUCCUCUAGGGUCACGUUUCAUCACCACUGACAGACAUGGGACGAGGUCUAUUGCUACUCUGUUACAAGAUUUUCAAAGCAAAGAAGUUAUUAUUCCAUCAACACAAUGGAAUACACUGAAGAGAUUUGUGAGGAAUUUAUUACAAGAGUUUUCUUGAAGCAAAUUUGUCCAAUCUAGAAAGUACUAUUUUACCAUUUCUUACAGGACUACUACAGCUGUGCUCCAAUCGGUUUUGAACUUGCACAUUGUGAUAGUGCUUCCUUGAACUUUACAGUCUAUUUGGUGUGACAGAUGUAUUUAAUCAUUUUUGUCAAUUAUGUGAAAGAGUAAUCUCCUCUUGAUAUGGAAGAUGAAUGAAGAUCCAAAUAAAAAACAGGCUACAUAAUCUUAUGUUAUCAAUCAUCAUUAUGAGUGAGUUUCCUUCUGCAGUGAAGAAAUCUGAGCAGAGAAUUUCCUGCAUCUGUCCUUGUCUAGCUCUGUCCAGCUAAUUAAGGGAAGCAGUGAUCAACCAGACUCCAGUCCUGUUUUGAGUUGACUGUUUUGGGAGCUGUUUGAACAGUUGGUGUAGGGUCACCAUGACCGGGGUGGCAGUGUGCAGUGGCUCCGUCAGCUCUAUCAAGUCCCUUUGGGAGACUAGAAUUAAGAAAACGAAACAAGAUCUGCAGAAGCAACAAGAACAAAGGGCCGGUGUAGGUAGGGUGAGACAUAACUGGGAAGAUCGGAUUAUAUUGGCCAAGCUGAAAGAGAAGGUGGUGACAGAGGAAGGACGUGUCAUUUUAAGGAUAGAGAAAGAAGAAUGGAAGACUUUGCCUCGAGCCUUGGUUCACUUUCCUCAACUCAUGGAGUGGCAGCUUCACAGGGUUGGACUACAGACAAUCCCCCGCUUCGUUUCCAGCUUUGAGAAUCUGCUUGUUCUUGAUCUGUCCCGAAAUGCCAUCACAGAGAUCCCAAAAGAAAUUGGUAAACUGACCAGGCUAAGGGAGCUGCUGGUGAGCUACAAUAGAGUGCAAAGUGUUCCAGAAGAACUGGGCUGUUGUGAGAACCUGGAGAAACUGGAGCUGGCAAUGAACAGGGACCUUGACGAGCUGCCUUCAGAGAUUAGCAACCUGAAGAAGCUUUGCCACUUGGAUCUCUCCAUGAACCAGUUCACAGAGAUCCCAGAGAGUGUGGUGAGUCUGCCUGCCCUGGAAUGGUUGGAUAUGGGUGGAAAUCGGCUGCAGAGCUUACCACAUGACAUCCACAGAAUGGAGAACCUGCAUACUAUGUGGCUGCAGAGGAACGAACUAGAGUUCCUGCCUGACAACAUAUGUUACAUGCGAAGCCUGGACACGCUGGUGCUUAGCAACAAUAAGCUACAUGACAUUCCCUCAAUGAUGGAGGACAUGAACAACCUCAGGUUUGUGAAUUUCAGAGACAACCCUCUAACAUAUGAAGUGGAGCUGCCUGCUGCCCCAAAGAAAUCUGAGGAUGAGGAAGAGGAUGACAGAGAGAUGUUUGGCCGAGAUUUCAUGCGCGUCUACUGCCAGGAGGCACGGAAAAGAGUUAACGCCAUGCUAAAUAUGCAUCGUGUAAAUCCACCUGAGUCAAACUACACCUCAGAACUAAAUGUGACCCUUGAAGCUGUGGCAGAAUCUGCACCGUUACUGUGACCUACUGUAGCAGUCAUUCAUGUUGGCCUCUGUCGGUUCCUGCCUUGUCUGUUGGUGACUGCCUGGUC